GUGCUGUUUUGCUUUCAUAUCAUAGAACUCCAACUCUCUUUUAACCUACACACCUUGCUUGUUUCGGCUUCACCAGACCACACUUGCUUUUUUAUUAAUCUCCCUCUACUUCCCCUUCAAACAUCUACUUUUUAUUUUCCCCUCAAAACAUCUAUAUAAAUCCCACAUUUCCAAACUCAAGCUCAUUUACCCAACUUUCCCACCUCUGACACAAUCAUUUUCUUUCCCUAUUUCCCGGAAUCCAAACACCCACCACCACCACCAAGAGAGAGAGAGAGAUAGAAAGAGAGAGAGAGAGAGAAUGGUUUCAAUAGGCAUUGGUGGUGGUAGUAGUGUUCAAGCAUCGCCGCCACCAUCAUCACCACCACCAGCCACUGAACCAAAUUCCAGUCCUAGGAUAUCUUUCUCUUCUGAGUUUCUUGAUGAAAGCAACUUCAUUUCCAUCACUCCAAAUUCCCAGAUAGAGAGAGAUCAAGAGAUUUGUGAGAGACAGAAGAAGGAUAGAUCAGAGAAGCUGGCAUGGAGUGCUGAUUUUGAGUUUCUUUCUAAUAAAGUUAGUAGUCACUCCAUGAUUACAGCUGAUGAGCUUUUCUUUGAAGGGAAGCUUCUUCCUUUUUGGCAAAUGCAACAAGCAGAGCGGCUUAACAAAAUCAGUCUGAAAUCUCCUAAAGAUGUAGAUGAAGAAGAUUUGGUGGAGAUAGAGGUAAACAAGGAGGCAGAGAACAAAGUGAAUUGGUUUCUCGACGACGACCCGUCUCCGAGACCACCAAAAUGCACUGUUCUCUGGAAAGAACUGUUGAGGUUGAAGAAGCAGCGUGCUUCAUCUGCACUAUCGCCAUCUUCUUCUUCGUCCUCGUCGUCUUCCUCUUCCAGGUCCAUGGCUGAUGCAGCCACAACGGAGGAAGGAAAGGAAGGGACAACAGGAAACAAAGAGAAGAACGUAAGGAGGAUAAAGAAGUUGGAAAGGACAAGAUCAGCCAGUAUAAGAAUAAGGCCUAUGAUUAAUGUGCCAAUCUGCACACAGGUGAAGAGCAGUGUUUUGCCACCCUUGUUCCCACUUAAGAAAGGAAGAUUUGAUAGAUGAGAAGAUGAAAUUCGACGCUAAAGUCAGCAGCUCAAGAUCUCAUCAACUCUAGUCCAACGUGUUAAUCUCCCACUUCCCCCUUCCCCCCUCUCUAUUGUCAUUUCUUGACAAAUUUUUUCAACUUUCUGUCUGUGUAUGGAUUAAUGUUGAUUAUGGCGGUGGAUCUAAUAAUCUACGAUUGUAAAUGCUGACCUCUAGUUUUUUGUUUGUUGGUAUUCCUUCAUUAAUCAAAUUACG